AUGGAAGGAACAAAUUACUCCAGGGUGUCUGAAUUUGUGUUGCUGGGACUAACUGAUUCUCCUGAACUCCAGGCUUUCUUCUUUGUCGUGUUCUCUAUUUUUUAUGUGAUUACUAUAUUAGGCAAUUGUCUCAUUUUAGUUACGAUUGUAUCUACUCCACAGCUUCAUUCUCCAAUGUAUUUCUUGCUUGGCAAUCUGUCUUUCAUUGACAUGUGUCUAUCUUCCUUUGCUACACCUAAGAUGAUCAUGGACUUUUUCACUCAUCACAAGACUAUUUCUUUUGAAGGUUGCAUCUCUCAAAUCUUCUUCUUGCACCUCUUCACUGGCACUGAGAUUGUCCUGCUUAUCUCCAUGUCCUUUGAUAGAUACAUUGCCAUAUGCAAACCUCUCCGAUACUCAAAAAUUAUGAGUCAACAUGUAUGUCUGGGCCUUGUAAUCAUUUCUUGGACAGUGGGCUUCCUUCACACAAUGAGUCAAUUGGCCUUCACCCUCUACUUGCCAUUUUGUGGUCCUAAUGUUGUAGACAGCUUUUUCUGUGACCUUCCUUUGGUCAUUCAACUUGCCUGCAUAGAUAUCUAUGUCCUAGGACUCUUCAUGAUUUCAACCAGUGGUAUGAUUGCUCUGGUUAGCUUCCUGCUCUUGCUUACUUCCUACAUCAUUGUCCUGGUCACUAUCAAGAAGCACUCCUCCAGUGGAUCAUCAAAGGCACUUUCUACAUGUACUGCACAUUUCAUAGUGGUGUUCAUGUUCUUUGGACCAUGCAUCUUCAUAUACGUAUGGCCCUUUACCAACUUCCUUGUGGACAAGGUUCUCUCUGUUUUUUAUACCAUUUUCACACCUUUCUUGAAUCCACUUAUCUAUACUCUGAGGAACAAAGAGGUGAAAGCAGCUAUGAGGAAAAUGAGCAAUCAAUAUAUUAGUUUCCGAAAAACUGCACAGAUAACACUUCUUUUGCAAGAAUCCUUUUAA